AUGACAAAGAAAUUCACGGCUAGUGAUGAAUCUCACCCUAAACAUGAACAAUAUCGAACUGAUACUUUUGAGGAUUAUGAAGACUUAAGACUUGUAGUUGGGAAUGGAACUGCAAUAGGAAAAUACGCAAUUGGACUAGGAGAUGACACUGAUGCGAGAACCUUUGAGACAGAAGAAAAUGGGGGUACUAACUUAUUAGAUGAUUACGUGUUUGAUCAUAACAGUGGUGAAGUCAUACAAAUCAAUAGGCAAGAAUCUUCAAAUCAGCCUCUAUUUUCUGAGAACCUUGCUUCACCAUUAUCAUCUCAACCUAUGAGUUCAGAGGUUCCACAAGCAACUAGAAAAUGA